CUCUUCAAAGCCACCAUAAAAAAAGUACAAUUGCACAACAAUAUAAUCAUAUCAUAAUAUACCAAAACUAUGAAUAACACUACUACAAAAACUAUUUUCUUUUGGUCCAUUUCCUUUACCAUUCUACUUUCAUCCAUCAUUCUUCCUCUUUAUUCCAAUUACCAAACAAGUACACGUCUAGCUAAUUUUCUCAAAAGGGUAGUCGAAAAAAGUGGUGUACAAGAUAUCUUUUUUAUCUUUAAAGAGAUUAUUACAACAUCAUUAUUAUUACAUAGUUCUAAAUGUGACAAUCCCAAAUGGAACUCAAAACUUGUAUCAAUAUAUGGAGUUUCACAUGUAUUGAGUGUAGAUUUAAAUGGUUGUGCAAGUUUUAGCAGUAUACAAAAGGCAGUGGAUGCUGUUCCCGAUAAUAGCCCUGCUACAACUCUUAUUCUAGUUGAUUCUGGCACAUACAAGGAGAAAGUGGUAAUAAAUUCUAGCAAGACAAAUAUAAUAAUACAAGGCCAAGGUUACCAAAAUACAGCUAUAGCAUGGAAUGAUACUGCAAAUUCUACUGGUGGAACUGCUAAUAGUUUUACUGUUGCCAUUUAUGCUUCCAAUUUCAUUGCCUAUAAUAUCAGUUUUCAGAACACAGCUCCAGCAGCUUCACCAGGUGAUGUUGGAGGACAAGCAUUGGCUUUAAGAAUAACAGGAGAUGAAGGUGCAUUUUAUGGUUGUGGAUUUUAUGGAGCACAAGACACUCUUAAUGAUGAUAAAGGAAGACAUUAUUUUAAAGAAUGUUUCAUUCAAGGUUCCAUUGAUUUUAUCUUUGGAAGUGCUAGGUCACUCUAUGAGGAUUGUACCAUAAAUUCAAUAGCAAAAGAAGGAACAAGUGGUGAAAUUGGAGGGUCCAUAACAGCACAUGGAAGGAAUUCCAAAAAUGAGAAUUCAGGAUAUUCAUUUGUGAAUUGUGAAAUUAGUGGCACUGGAAAAAUAUGGCUAGGUAGAGCAUGGGGAGCAUAUGCUACUGUUAUUUUCUCCAAGACUUAUAUGUCUGAUGUGAUUUCCUCAGAUGGUUGGGAUGAUUGGAGAGAUCCAAAUAAAGACCAGACAGUAUUGUUUGGAGAAUAUGAUUGUUAUGGACCAGGAGCCAAUUACACAGAUAGAGUACCAUAUGCAAAGCAAUUGAAGCAAAAUGAGGCAGCUCAAUACAUGGAUAUCUCAUUUAUAGAUGGACAACAAUGGCUUUCUAAUGGAAGAUCAGACACUUAAUUUUUUGGGAUUAGCUAUAACAGACACAAACCUUAAUUAAGAAAAACUAAUUGAGGAUAUACAUCAAUAAAAGUUGCAGUUCUCAUAUACAAAAGAAGAGAAAAAAGUUUAAUUUCAGAGUAAGUGAUUGCUACAUUAAUCAGACUUUAUAUCUCAAAACUUUUGGAUUUCAUCAAUAGUUAUCUAAUAAGUGACAUAAUCGUGUAUUUUUAUUUUUUUUUAUAUCAUCAAUACAUAAAACUUUUAACCCUUUUGCACUUCA